AUGCCAAGUGAAGUUGAAUGUGUCUGCUGCAAAGAAGUUCCUUUUUUGUCACAACCGGUGGAAGGUUUGUUGAUCCCGAUAUAAUAUAUUUAUUUAACCUCACUUUUUGUUUUCUGAUGGGGUGCCAGGAACAGUAUGAAAAUUUACGAGGUAAUUGUAUUUUUAGUGGCUUCCCGGCCCAUAGUCUCAUAGUUGUUUCUGUCCAUCCCUGAAUCUCUCGAGCAAUUUAUCGCUCAUUUCUGAAUAAAAUGCACUUGUUUACUAUCCCAAAUCGUCCGAGAAACAAAUCUCUAGUCAAAAUUCGACACAGUUACUCGGACACGAGUGAGAAUGUAAUCUUCUUUUGUUUACAUAUUUAGAAGGCUACAGAUCAAAAUUUUUGAUGUGUUAUGGAAUAUUCCAUAAACAACAAGAGGCAGGAGAUACAUAGCUUCUUGAACUGAAUGAAGUUUUGUCUCUAAUGUUCUAGGCUUGACAGGUGUCACUCAACAUGAAAGCUUUCGAGCUGUUUGUUUAAAUGAAGACGUGUUGUGGACAGCACUAGCAAGUCUGCAUGACAGAGAAAGUGCUGGUCUUCCAGACAGACAACAAGUGCCCAACAGGUAUUGACAUGUUAUGGUUGUUUUCAUGGCCGUGAAAGCUAAUGCCUGUAAAAUAUUGGAUGUUUCUUUUCGUACAAUCUAAUUGAUAUUUUAAGCACCUGAAGUUGUCUGAUCAAUAGUAAUACAAGUUAAUUUGUCUGAGGCAUGAAAUGAACUGCCCUGUGCUUAAAUAGAUGACUUUGAUAUAUGGACGAGAGAUAAUUUAUGCUUUUUCGCGAAAAAGAUACACCAUGCAACACUUUGUCAUUUAUUGUUGUGGUUGUAAAAAAGGUUCUUAGGGGAGGGGGUACUUAAAAGAGAGGGGUCUUAAAUCGAUUAUGCUUUUGAAAGGGUGGGGGGCACUUAUUUGAUAAGAGAGAUUUACAUUACUAUUGACUGUUACCUUGCCUGUCACCAAAACCCACAUUAGGUUUUGUUUUUUGGGGGUGUGGGGAGUGUGGUACAGUCUCGGUUGGGGUGGACUUGAUAUCAUUAGCUGCAAACCUGUGCAUUGUCUCCUAUGACAUUUAUACAUUGAAUAUUGUUUUCUUUAAGGUCAUUUCCGUAUGCAGCGUAUCGACAGUUCACCUGGUGGGCUCAUGGCAAAAAAUUCGACGUGUCAUCCCCUCAUGUGCAGUAA